AUGGCUUAUCAACGUACUAUUCUUCCGCUCUAUUACAACCCAGGCCUUUCACCAUGCAGCAGGACUGUAUGGUUUCUUACUGGGUUUCUUUUCGGUGCUUUGGUUGUGUUGGCCUUUGGAAGGCCAUCACUUUUUUAUGACUUCUUUAAUUUUCUUUUUACUCUUUUUCAUUUAGUUCUAGAUUUUUAUAAAUCAGAAACUGGACAACAAAUAGUUAUUUAUAUCAAGCAAUUAUACAAUAACUAUUCGAAUUUCUGCUCUAUAAGGAACUUGAAAGAACUAAUGGAAAGGGGAAACCACAUGGUACCUUCCCUUUUCAUUUGGAUAUUUCAAGAGUAUCCUGAGUCAGCUGGACGUUUUUUCAGUAGGUUUAAUCCGAUUGCACUUAAUGUGAUGUAUAAUAAAAUAUCGGAUUACCUUUUGGAUUGUGCAGCUGAUUUCUUACUUCCUAACUGGAUAUUCCUCAAAGACUGGAUGAAGGGCAUGACUAAAAAGAAAAAAAAGAGGCGAACAACUAAUGAACGAGAUCAUAACUAUAAAUCAGAUAGUGACGAAAAAAAACUAACGGGAUUAAGAUGA